ACUCACACAAGUAAAAUGGCAAAAUUAUUGAAAACAAACAUUUUAAAUCGUGUUUUCUGUCAAUAUAACAAUUGUUCGUACAAAUUUCUAAGUUCGACAGCUUCCAAUGACUACCAAAAACAACACUACGAUGUAAUAAUUGCUGGUGGAGGUUUAGUUGGCGUUUCUCUUGCCGUUUCUCUUGCACAAAGUGAAAGUCUAGCUGAAAAGAAGGUUCUCCUUCUCGAAAGUGCUCCUGCUUUUAAACAACCCUCCAAAGAAAAAUAUAGUAACCGAGUUUCAGCAAUCAACAAACAAUCGAUUGGACUUUUGAAAAGCUUAAAUGCGUGGAAUCAUAUCGAAUCUAUUAGAUGUAAACCUGUUAUGCAGAUGCAGGUGUGGGAUGCAAUAUCUGGUGAAGCUAUUCAUUUCAAUCAUCCAAAUUUCUCCGAUCAAGUUGCUUGUAUUGUUGAGAAUGAUUUAAUACUCGAGUCACUUUAUAAGCAACUUGAAAACUUAUUGAAUGUACAAGUUCGCAAUGAAUCACGGCUUGAAAGCUGCAAACUACCCAAAGAUGAUGUCAAAAAGAGCGAAGUUACUUUAAAAUCAGGAGAACAAUUCAGUUGCGAUUUAUUGAUCGGAGCUGACGGCGCUAACUCGAUUGUGCGACAAAAAAUGGAAGUCAACAACUUUGCAUUGUCUUACAAGCAGAUGGGAGUUGUGGCAACAUUAGAAUUGGAUGCUGAAGAAGCAGCAGGAAAUAGUGUGGCUUGGCAAAGGUUUCUACCAACAGGUCCAGUGGCUUUACUUCCAUUGACUGAUAAACUGAGUUCACUGGUUUGGUCAACUAAUGUGGAACAUGCGAAAGAACUUCUCAGAAUGGAACCAGAAAUGUUUAUUGAAAAUCUAAAUGAAGCUUAUUUGAAAAGUUACAAGACGAACUCACUUGUUGAUAAAUUUAUGAAGACAGCUGAAGGAGCUUUUCCUUUGGGCCGAAACAAAAUGUUGCAAGUUCCACCUCGUGUUAAGAAUCUUCAGGAAGGUUCACGAGCUGCUUUCCCUCUUGGUUUCGGACAUGCUUCGUCGUAUGUUUGUCGAGGUGCUGCUUUGAUUGGAGAUGCUGCACAUCGAGUUCAUCCUUUAGCUGGUCAAGGAGUCAACUUGGGGUUCGGUGACGUCUUAAAAUUGACUGAAAUUCUCUCUGAAGCUGUCUACAGUGGAAGCAGUUUGGAUAAUAUUCAAUAUCUCCUCAAAUACGAACAAGAAAGACUCAAAGCAAACGUGCCAAUCAUGGUUGGAAUUCAUGCACUUCAACAACUUUACUGCAAUGAUUUUCCACCUUUUGUACUUGCACGAAGUCUUGGUCUUAAAAUCACAAAUUUCACACCCCCACUUAAAAAGUUCUUCAUGGAAAAAGCUCUUGCAUAAUUGUUUCACAGAUGUUUCUACAUAUGUACUAGAAAUUACUCUGAAAUUGCAUAAACAUUGAUUUAAAAUAAAGUUUGAUAUUUAAAUAUUUAUUUCAAU